AUGCCAGUCAUGUACGCGUUCGGUUCCAACGGCUCUGGACAGCUCGGGGUCGGACAUACUAGAGACGUCGUGCGGCCGGAGCGGUGUCUCUUUUCCUUCAAGCAGCGGCAGCGGCAGAGUCGAAGGCGCGAUGGGACUGAGGUAUCACAUCCGGAUUCGCAUUCAGAUGCAGAUGGGAUCGGACAUGGAUAUGGGAGUUCGAACUCUGAGGCGCUGCCGGUGACAGCUCAGGCACCGAGUGUGAAAAAGAUUGUCGCGGGCGGAAACCACAGUCUCGUCCUCACGACGGAUGGACGGUUGUUUGUGGCCGGGAAAUCAGGGUUGACUUCCGACGACCCGGGCGCCGAACGCGAGUCUACAUCCAAUGCAGAUUUUGAAGAGGUCACCAGGCAUAUCCUCUCCUCUUCAGCGUCAUCGUCAGACACCGGUAGACGAUGUAAUGGGGUCAUCACUGAUGUUGCUGCCACCUGGGACGCUUCCUUCGCGGUCCUGGGUUCCAAGAUCAUCGUGGGUUGGGGGACCGGGACAAAAGGCGAGCUCGGGUUAGGUCCCAAGAUGACUUCUACGGGUGGUCAGGUCAGGGAGAUCUUCGACGCUGGCUCAGUUACCGGUCGUGGCGAAGCUGUCGACAUCAUUGACAUUGUGGGCUCUCUAGCGCACGUCGUUGUUUUCCUUGCAAGCGGGCAGGUCUACGGAUGGGGAAGUUGUCGAAAAGGCCAGCUCGGAGAACAGUUCAAGACGGAGAGGAUUCUCUGGUCUCCCCGAAACAUUGGUUUAGGGAUCCACGGAGAGGAUCUCCUGCCUUGGGUUCCGGAGAAAGUGGUCCUCGGUAGGGAGUACACAGUCUUCAUCAAGGCAGGCGAGGAGCCGGCGACCUGGGGAGAUACCAGGGUUUUCGACGACAGGGGUCUCGGCCUGAUUUCUCAAGCAGAUGAUGUGGUCACUUCCGGUUGGAGUUCGAUUCACAUCCUCUCGCGAGCACGGCCUCACCAGCUGCAAAGUGCAGGCAGAAAUAACCACGGUCAACUUCCUCCCUCUACGCUUCCGGCUGUCAAAAACGUGGCAGCGGGAAGUGAGCACUGCGUCGCCCUCACCAUGGACAACCAAGUCAUCGCCUGGGGAUGGGGUGAGCAUGGCAAUUGUGGCGAGACGCUGGAUGUCAGAGGAAAUGUGAUUGACCGGUACAAUCUGAUUCCGCUGCCGACGCCUGACGAGGACAUCGUCGCGAAGACUGUGGCUGCAGGCUGUGCCACGAGUUUCGUGGUUUGCGGGAUGAAAGACGGGUGA